AUGAGGAGUCAACAAAAGCUGAAGGACCCUGAUCAGCUAUACACAACCCUCAAAAACCUGCUGGCUCAGAUCAAGUCACACCCCAGUGCCUGGCCCUUCAUGGAACCCGUGAAGAAAUCAGGGGCCCCCGACUACUACGAGGUUAUCCGCUUCCUCAUUGACCUGAAGACCAUGACAGAACGGUUGCGAAGUCGCUACUACGUGACCCGGAAGCUUUUUGUAGCUGACCUACAGCGGGUCAUUGCCAACUGCCGGGAGUACAAUCCCCCAGACAGUGAAUAUUGUCGCUGUGCCAGUGCCCUGGAGAAGUUCUUCUACUUCAAGCUCAAGGAGGGGGGGCUCAUUGACAAGUAGUCCUCAGCUGGGCUCUGCAAUGUCCGCCUCACCUGAUCCGUUUGGGUGUUCCUGGCCCGCCUCUCCCUGACUCAGCAGGAGAAAUUCCA